CUAUCGAGGAGGCCAUUGUUUACAUUCGUGACUUUUGUGGCUUUGCUUGUCUUUAUCUCCCUUAUCAGUGCUGGAUUGCGGAUUACAAAGCUAAAGUCACGCUUUUCCAACCACGAUGUCGCUCUCCACCAUUUUUAAAGAUCUACCCGAGGAGCACCCUCGCCACCUGAUUCCCUCACUCUGCCGGCAGUUCUACCACCUAGGAUGGGUUACCGGCACUGGCGGUGGGAUGAGCAUCAAGCACAAUGACGAGAUCUACAUAGCACCGUCGGGUGUCCAAAAGGAGCGCAUGCAGCCGGAGGAUCUGUUUGUACAGGACAUAACCGGCAAGGAUCUGCAGCUUCCGCCAGAGAUCAAGGGUCUAAAAAAGAGCCAGUGCACCCCGCUCUUCAUGCUGGCCUACCAGCACCGCGGCGCCGGAGCCGUGAUCCAUACACAUUCCCAGCACGCAGUGAUGGCCACGCUGCUCUGGCCCGGCAAGACUUUCAAGUGCACCCACCUGGAGAUGAUCAAGGGAGUCUACGACGAGGCUGACAAGCGGUACCUGCGCUACGACGAGGAGCUGGUGGUGCCCAUUAUCGAGAACACGCCAUUCGAACGUGAUCUGGCGGACAGCAUGUAUGCGGCUAUGAUGGAGUAUCCAGGUUGUAGUGCCAUCCUGGUACGCAGGCAUGGCGUCUACGUUUGGGGACAGACUUGGGAGAAGGCCAAAACAAUGUCCGAGUGCUAUGACUAUCUGUUCUCCAUCGCUGUGGAAAUGAAGAAAGCCGGAAUCGAUCCCGAAAAAUUCGAGAGCACUUAGAAACGUGCCUGUUAUUGUAAUUGAUACAACUACAAAUCAUCUAAACUGUUGGCUAACCCCGCUAUAAGGAAAUAUUUUUAUAAUGAUAAGAAAUAUCUGAAGAAACUUUUGAAAAGCUUUUAUAAUUUAAUCUAAAUAUACAGAAGGUUAAAAAUUUA